AUGUCAAGGGAGACCAGUGGGGAGGAAGAAGUGGAGGUGGUGGUAGCCACAGAAGGGAGGCGUUUUGACGUGAGGCUGAAGGAGAGGAGGUGCUUUGCGGUGUACUGGGAGCAGCCCCCCUUGGAGGUGAGGCGCUGCUCCUGGUUCCACAAAGGAGACAAGGACAUCUCCUACACCCCUUACCCAGAGGACACCAGCCUAGUCCUGGAGGAGGCCUACAUGAUGGCAGUGAAGCUGAAUGACUGGAUGAARAAGAAGAUAGAAUUCCCCACUGGAGAAACGGUGGUGUUGCACAGCCCUACGCUUAUGACACAGCAGCAGACAAUCCCCUUGAAGGACUGUAUAAGCCUCCCCUCUGAGCAGAGUCAACCCAGGAUGGUCAAGAGGGGGCUGGAGGGUUUAAGAGUAGAGCUACCUGAAGGAGAACCUGACCAAGUUGACCACCUUGUGUUCAUGGUGCAUGGCAUUGGACCAACCUGUGACAUCCAKCUGCGUGGUGUCGUUCAGUGUGUGAAUGAUUUCCGGGGUGCCUCUCUCAGCCUACUGAGCAGUCACUUCAAGCAGAGUCAAGAUGGGACCCACAUGGGCCGUGUUGAGUUCCUGCCAGUCGACUGGCACCGGGUGCUACAUGGUGAUGCCACUGGGGUGGACGACGAUAUCCAGAGGAUCACCCUGCCCAGCAUCAGUCGUCUGCGUCAGUUCAGCAACAGCACAGUGCUGGACCUGUUCUUCUACAACAGCCCCACAUACUGCCAGACCAUCAUAGACACUGUGGCCUCAGAGAUCAACCGCCUCCACCAAGUCUUCCUCCAGCGACACCCACAAUUCACUGGGGCAGUGUCACUGGCUGGACACAGUCUGGGUUCUYUGAUCCUCUUUGACCUUCUGACAAAUCAAGAAAGAAGGAACACAGAUGAAGAGGGAAGUAGCGUCAGCAGUCCAAGUGAAGCAACCACAUUAGACUUUGAGAGCUUUGAGGACACACUUAGGAGCUUUGGAUUGGGCAAGUAUGUCCAAAUGCUUACAAAGGAGCAGAUGGACUUAGAAUCACUGGGGCUGUGUUCAGAGACAUUCUUCAAAGACUUGGGAAUACCCUUGGGGCCUCGCAAGAAGAUCAUGUACUUGUUGAAGAGAUGGAGAGGGCAGCAGGAAUCCAGGACAGGAACUUCACACCCAGUUCCUGGCAUCCCCGGCAUUGCCAGUAUGUAUCCCCAAGUCCAAGAACACCCGACCCUCCUUUCAGGCACCCCCUCCACCAGCCCAGUGGAUUACAAGUACUUUGACGUUGGCAUUGGCCAGGUGUCCAUCGUGUACCCUCAGCUGGCUUUCCAGCCACAGGCCUUCUUUGCCUUGGGCUCUCCUAUAGGAAUGUUCCUCACGGUGCGCGGCCUGAAGAGGAUCGACCCCAAAUACAGCCUCCCCACCUGCAAAAGCUUCUACAACAUCUACCAUCCAUUUGACCCGGUUGCCUAUAGGAUUGAGCCCAUGGUGGUGUUUCCAGAGGUGGACUUGCCCCCCAUACUGAUCCCACAUCACAAGGGCAGGAAGAGGAUGCAUCUUGAGCUGAAAGACAGUUUGAAGCGAGUCAGCUCAGAUCUACUGCUCUCCAUCAGUACUGUCCGUGGUGUGUGGCAGACCCUCACCAUGCUACCUGUCAACACACUACCCCCGGUGGCCGGGGUAGGAACCACAGCUGCACUGCCACCUCAGGAGUCAGAAGGUGGGAGACCAGUGUGUAGUGGGGACCCAAAUGGUACAGUCUCACCUACAGAGAUGAGGAAUAUCAGUGUUGGAAUGUUGAAUGGCGGACGUCGGUUUGAUUACGUCCUUCAGGAGAAACCCCUAGAGAGCUUCAACGAGUAUCUGUUUGCCAUUCAGAGCCAUCUCUGCUACUGGGAUUCCGAGGAUACUGUGCUGCUGCUUUUGAGGGAAAUCUAUGAGGGGAAGGGAAUCCUUCUGUAGCAUCUCCAAAUGUCAAUGUAAAUGAUGGAGCUUAUGAGUUGUGUAUAAUGCUUGUAAUACAGGAGACUCUGGAAGCAUGCUACAGUAUGCAUCAAAUUUGUUUGAUUUCAUUAUAAAAAAUGGUUUAGUAUAUUGAGGCUUUGUUAAAUGCAUUUUAAAUAAAUUGUGAUUUGAUUUGGGGGUUAGUCAUUUACAAACUGUUGUUUUUGGGUCUAAACCUAAUGAACCGUUUGUAUUAGAAUGCAUUUUAAAUGUACUUUGAUUAUGGGCUCAUUGUAGUUUGUUUACAAACAUGGAAAAUGUGACUUACUUUUCAUUAAAAGAUGUUA